UCGUGCGCGGCCGUCAUUGUUGGGAAAUGUUAGAUGGGUGCAGGUCCAGUUUGAAGCGUACAGUGCCGACGACGUAACUUGGGCUUAGCACAGUUGGCUAGUCCGCCGUCGUUUUUUUUCUUUUGGCUUGGUAGACUAAUAAGAUUAACUUAACCAUCUACAGCGGCUGAGUUGUUUUAUCAUAUGCCGUUUGGUUAGUUAGUCAGCAUAACGAUACUGCAGCGCGGCCACCGCUAAAGCUAUGAUGCUAUUGGACUCUACAACUGGCAUCCAGACUGAGGCGUUAAAUGGUUUGGGUGAACUAUAGCUACAUAACCGUAUUAGUUACCCUUCUACCUUUUAAUAUGCUAUUGGUGCUGCCCUCGACUGGUUCGCGUGACUUUAGCUUGAUAGCAGAUGGGUUUUGUUUUUAAUGUAAUGUCAGUUUUCCUUGGCUGGAGUUUAUCGCAGUUCCCAUUACUACCUGGUGAAUCCUUAAGGAUCAAUAAACACCGUCAACAUUUUCCAUGAAAGGUAGCAUAUACUGGUGUGAAGAUGGUGGUACCUGAGAAUGGAACUGCGGUCCAACAGGCAGAUAAUGGUGAAUCAAGCAGUUUGGGGGAGACCCCGCAGGCUGGAUUUGGCACAGAGCAGGACACGGAUGGGAAGGAGCUUGAGGAGGUGCGCAAGCUUCAGGAACUGGUGCGAAGACUGGAGGUUCAAAAUCAGACACUGCGCAACAGAGGGGGCAGGGCUAACAGCAACUUGAGAGCAGCUAGCAACAUUAAUGCCAGGACUCCCACUGAGGAGGUGACUACCUCCCCACUCGUUUUGGAAGACCAUGUCAAACUUGGCAGCAGGGGCUUGGAGCCAUCACCUCGGCCGGACAGCAACAGUAGUAGCAACGACAGCAGUAGAGAUGUGUCCCCCCUCCCAGAUACCUGUAGGUUAGAGGAUGAGGAGGAAGGGGCACAUGAGGGGCACCUUUUGGGCGGUGGGUAUAUGGCCAUACCCUGCAGUAGAACGUCAGGGGAAACAUUGUGUCGGACUGUGGACACUGUAGGCCAUGAGACUCCUGGUGGGGCAGACACAGGAGCAAAUCUGUCUGCGCUAGAUGAGGUGGAAGUGCUCAACCUGGAGGAAUGUGAUGAGAUGGAAGAAGAAGACAGCUGGUUGUAUGUGUCUCCAAAGAAGCAGGUGUUGGCAGAGGAGAGGCCAGAGUCUCCUCUAAAGUGGUGUAGGAAGGUGUUGGAUCACCCCAGCCCAGAGACUGAGGUGGCCUGCCGCAUGCUUAUCAACCGCCUGGACCAAACCACCCGAUGGAGGAACAUAUAUAGCAGCCCCUCUCAGACUGUGGGGCCAGCCUCGGAGUCUGGCCCUGGCACUGCCUUACUGUCGCCUGGGUACCACAAAACAACUAACAAAACACUACUAACCUGUGGCAGCUCAGGUCAUAUGGGCACGCACUCCGCCUUAAGCUCACAGUCUUCUAUAGACAGUGAGUUGAGCACCUCGGAUGACUCCAUCUCCAUGGGAUACAAGCUACAGGACUUGACCGAUGUUCAGAUUAUGGCUCGGCUGCAGGAAGAAAGCCUCAGGCAGGAUUACGCCUCCAGCUCGGCCUCAGUGUCACGUCGCAGCUCCAGUGCUUCCCUGCAGUCCUUGCGCCGGGGCACGUACAGCGACCAGGAGUUCGAUUCCUACAGCCUGGAGGAUGAGGAAGAUGGCUGCUUCUCCCUUCCCCAACGCCUGCAUCGCUACUCCCCCUCCCCGCUGAGCUCGCCCCGCUGCCAGUCCCCCAACACCCUGGCAGAGUAUAGCCGCCUGAGUGCCCAGCGUACCCGCACCCCUCGGCGCUCCUUACAGGGUCCCGGCUCCGAGCUUCUCGCCUUUGCCCAGACCGAGGAUGAGUUAAGGCACAGCAUGCCCAACCUGGCACCACGCACCAGCCUCCGCUCUCUCGAGGCAGUGAGGAAUAGCCGUAGCAUGGAAGCCAACCUGCAGAGUCCAGGCAGCCGGAUGUCCCGCCUGCCCCACUCCUCCAGUAUAGGUGUAUCUUCCACAAGGCUACGUAGCAAUGGUCAGUCUCCCCUGUCUCUCCGCGCCCCUGUGAAAGCUUUGAGCCCGGUAGGCACCAUGACGGGAGUGCGGCAACCACAGAGGGCUCACACCGUGACUCAGGAGGGACCCUUGGGCGGCGCACACAGGGGCCAGUCACCAGGCCCUUCCAAUGGCGGAGCUUCAUCAGCCACUCGGCUUACUACUGUGACAAAUAGGAGUGCACCAGGCAGGGCGCGGAGCUCACUGGGAGGGUCUGGGGCUGCAUCUCGAGGAAGACUUGCCCAACCCACCAGGAGGUCUCUAGGGUUGACCAAAUCAUGCAGACCUGUCGCCGAUGAGUCAUGGAAGGACGGCUGUUACUGAGCCCUAAGAAUUUCUGUCAAUCCGUUUGUCACAACACCAACUUACUGCCUCCCAACAGCAGAUCCCCAGCAGGCUGGGAAACUGGCUGCUCCACACUUCAUGAAGGACAAGUCAUGGAAUUAACAUGGCCAGAACAGACUCUUUGGAAGAGUCAUUCAGUGAUGCAGAGACUAGAAACUGACAAAAUGGCAGCCAGAUUGCAUCGUUUUUACAGCAUAGUUCUGACAUGUUGGAGUGAUUGUUAAAGUUGAAGUAGUUCAAGUUGUGACGUUUAGGUUAUUUUUAAUUCUAUGUUUUCAUAGGCUAUCAGAAUUAUAUACAUUUACCAUGAUAUGUUUUAUGUAAAUUUUGUUUGCAUACAAUGUUCUAAUCAUAAAUGGACAUAUAUCUUUAUGGCAUUGUAAGAAAAUUGCAUCUCACCCUUUUUGGGUCUUUGAGAAAUGAAGGAUAAUGUGGGGGGGGGGUCUUUUACCAUGGCUAUCUGUGUUUUCCGACAGUACAAUGUCUUGUAAACUAAUUUCAACUGAUUUUUUUAAUGAUGAUGCUGACAUUUACUUCAUAAAUCUACAUUAAGUUAUAACAGUACAAAAGCCUGGGUCUGGUACUUAAAACACCUGUUUAGUGCUUCAUGGUUUGGUAUUAAAUGUUGGUUUUUGAUAUAGCAAUAAUCACAUUACAGCAAUUUGAAGAUACACAAAAUGUAAGCUCAAAUGGCAACUGAGAAUUAAAACUUACUGUAAAUACAGUUUUUGAAUCUUU